AUGGAUGAACUCUAUGACAUCCCCAAUGGAGGGGGCCUACACCAUUCCUCAUCAGAUGAGGAUCAAAAAACCCGAGCCACCAAGAAGGAUAUCAAAACGCUCCUCCGAGACAUCCGCAAGCUCGAACUUGCAGAUCUCAACAUACUGAAAGAGGAGAUGCACGCAAUAACGGGCAGAAUUAAAGCGGUGGAGAAAGACACACUGGACCUGCAGGCCCAAAAGGUGGCCCUAUUCACCAACCACGAAGAGCUAUCACAGGCUCAAGCAACCAUGGCACACCACUUAUCGACCACAAAGACCAGAGUCAAUGCAGGAACCUCAAAUUACGGGGUGUUCCAGAAGCAGUGA